GUUUGGUUGGGUCGGGUUUGGUUGGGCCGGGCUGGGCAGGGCCGGGGCGCUCCGGGGGCCGCCGCCUCCCGCCGCGGGGAUGAGCGCCUCGGCGGCCACCGGCGUGUUCGUGCUCUCGCUCACCGCCAUCCCCGUCACAUACCUGUUCAACUGCCUGGCGGCCACCGGCAGUUCCUGGGUAAUCGUUGCAGUUGGAUUGCUGGUUCUGGUUCUCAUUGCUCUGUCAGCUCGUGUUCUGGUCAAGAGAAAACCCCCCAAAGACCCUCUGUUUUACGUUUAUGCUGUAUUUGCCUUUACCAGUGUAGUGAAUCUAAUAAUAGGACUGGAACAGGAUGGAAUUAUUGAUGGAUUCAUGACUCAUUACUUGAGAGAGGGUGAGCCCUACCUGAACACAGCCUACGGCCACGUCAUCUGCUACUGGGACGGCUCUGCUCACUACCUGAUGUACCUGCUGAUGGUGGCAGCCAUCGCCUGGGAACAAAGCUAUAGAACCAUUGGUCUCUACUGGCUGGGUUCCAUUAUCAUGAGCAUCAUUGUCUUUAUGCCUGGAAAUAUCGUGGGCAAAUAUGGAACAAGAGUGUGUCCUGCUAUUUUCCUAAGUGUACCCUACAUCUGCCUCCCCAUAUGGGCUGGGUUCAGGAUUUACAACCAACCCUCGGCGACUCACGACACUCCAGUCAAGGUGGUUCAGGAGGUCCAGAAGAAAGGACUCUUGAGACGACCAAUGGAUUUAAUGUUGGCUGCAUACCUCAUUCUAGCCACGGGGUUUUGCAUAUUUAGGGGCAUGAUUGCCCUGGACUGCCCUGCCGAGCUGUGCCGGCUGUACACCCAACUGCACGAGCCCUACAUCAAAGAUCCUGCUGCCUACCCCAAGCUGCAGAUGUUGGCGUACAUGUUCUACUCAGUGCCCUACUACGUGGUUGCUCUGUAUGGCCUGCUGGUGCCUGGCUGCUCCUGGAUGCCCGAUCUAACCCUCAUACAUGCUGGAGGACUGGCUCAGGCUCAAUUUUCCCAUAUUGGUGCUUCUCUUCAYGCUCGAACUCCUUACAUCUACAGAGUCCCUGAAGAAGCAAAAGAGUUUUUCCUGAUAUUGAACAUAAUGUAUGGGAUUCUUCCCCAGCUGUUUGCCUACAGGUGUGUCAACAAGCCAGAGUUUUUUAUGAAACCAAAACAAGAAGAAAAAACAGAAUAGCAGAACUGUGUCCAGCUCCUGUCCUUGGCUGUGUAUAUGAUGGGGYUGGGAUGCAGCUGAACUGCUCCAAUGGAACCCAAACGAAGCGUGUAAGAUGUGUAAAAUUGCACAACUGUGUAAAGUUGCACCGUCUGUUUUGUUUAUCCUGCUCAAAAAGGGAAAAUAAAGACAACUGCCUUUAGCACCACUUCUCAACAUUGUGACUUUGCGUGGCAGUGGACUGCCAGUUCCCACAGCUAUUUUUAAGUAAGCUGCUUUGACAGUUUUAGAAAUACUGCAUGAAGUUAAAUAAUAAUAAUGAUGUCAGUGUUGAGCCUCCGCAYGCUGAAUGGCAGCGCUGGCAGUGCCUGCACAGAGCUACUGCACAACGUGAAGGUCAGCAUUGUGAAGGAAAAAUUAACAUACAUAACUCUGUCACAUGCACAUGUUUUAUUUGUCAAAAAGUAUGUCUUGUGGGUCAGCCUUGUUAAAAAUCCCAAGAAAUCUUUGAAGAAGCAAUCAACUCUUAUGGUAAGAUUCCACAGAUGAUAAGCAAAUCCUAGGGUUUUGUUAAUUCUCUGAAGGAUUCUCCUGUGCAAGGAGUGCUGAGCAGCACUUUGAGCAGGGCACAGAGGGCUCAGGACUGGACCCACCGGGCUCACUGAGUGUGCCCAGACAGGAGGGGUUUGGCUGAGCUCUGCAGCUGCCUCUGCUCACCCUGCUGCCUCAGAAACAGCAUCAAACUUUGCUUUGGGCAGCUUCUGUUUCUGUUUGCAAUUACAGCUAUUUCUACGCCUCCUAUGUGUAUUUCUAUGCAAAGCAGUACACCUAGUGCCUUUMUCACAGAUGGAGCUAGCUGAUACAUUUGAACUGGAAACACUUUUUUGGGGAUGUUGACUUCUCGGUGUUUUGAUUGGAAGAUUUUCAUUUUGAAGCYGAAUCAGUAACGAGAAAGCAGCUGACUGUGCCUGUGUGUGUUGCACCCUGCCCGAGGGGACUUGGAGAGCAGUGAGGAACUCAGGCUGUGACACUCCUGAACGCUGUGCAGUGCAGCAGCAGUCAGAGGAAAGGCCCCAGCUUUUAGAGCUGCAGCCAAGGGUGGGUGCAGAGCGAGCA